UUACAGAUUAUACGAGCCUCGUCGAAAGCAAUCAGCAUUCUCCAUUGAUCAUAUGCUGGCGAGCAUGAUCCGGAUUUCGCUUUCAAAUUGCCAACAAACCCUUCACCAAUUACAAUGAUCUCUUCAAGGGUCGAACUUAUGACACGACGAUUAAAUGCCUGUGGCAAAGGGUUGCUAGGAUCUCAGAGCAGCGACUCCAAAAAUGACCCGCAUGCCAUGGUCGGAUGUCUACACCGUACCGUCAAAGAUUACAUCCAGAAAACAGACAUCUGGGAUACGCUUGUCAAUGCAACUAGCCCCUCUUUCGAUCCAGGCAUGCGUCUUGCAGCUUGCUACAUCACACAUAUCUUAUCUCAAAAUAGUGCCGACAAAUUCAUUGGAUUGCGUUGUGGAAGUAUAUGCCACCGUCAUACGAACUCCUCCCAUGUUCUGGGGUGAGGUGUUACAUACAUUUGGAUGAUUCCCAACUGUUUCCCUUAAGAUAUUCAACUACAUCCCUUGGAAGAAGUCGAAGAUGUGAUCGACGAAAUUUUUACCAGCCUGUGUGUCAAAGGAUUAAUCACAUUAAUCUAAUGGAUUAAUGGAUUAAUGUGACUAGAUUGUAAUUAACGCA